AUGGUAAGUGCACGCAAAAAUUCUUAGACCAAGAGCUCAGCCCAGGCUCGAGCAGGAAAAGGCGGAAAAGGUGGAAAAGGAGGAAAGUUUGGCAGCGGAAAAUCAAAGAAGGCUCCUCAAUCAAGAUCAGCUAAGGCCGGUCUCCAAUUUCCAGUUGGAAGAAUACACAGAUUCUUGAAAAGCAGAGUCAGCGCUAACAGCAGAGUUGGUGCCACAUCUGCAGUUUACACUGCUGCAAUCUUAGAGUAUCUUACUGCUGAGGUUCUUGAGCUCGCCGGUAACGCUAGCAAGGACUUGAAGGUGAAGAGAAUUACUCCCAGACAUCUUCAAUUGGCUAUCAGAGGAGACGAGGAACUCGAUACUCUUAUCAAGGCUACUAUUGCUGGUGGUGGAGUCAUCCCUCACAUUCACAAGGCUCUCAUCCUCAAGCAAACCAAGAAGACCAAGUGA